AUGAGGACGGAGACCAGAGAGGACAAAUCUUCACAACAGAACCUCAUGGAAGAAGCAGUUUUGAAGGACUCCAUGGCACAGGAAUCGAACGGGGAGAUUCACUCAGAGGAGAGGCCCUUCCUCUGCCCCGACUGCGGGAAGGGCUUCAAGUACAACUCCCACCUCGCCACCCACCAGCGCAUCCACACUGGGGAGAGGCCCUACGAGUGUGCCCAGUGUGGGAAGAGCUUCACCCAGAACUUGCACCCACAGCAAAUGUCCAACAGCAGCUCCAUCAGCCACUUCCUCCUGCUGGCAUUGGCAGACACGCGGCAGCUGCAGCUCCUGCACUUCUGCCUCUUGCUGGGCAUCUCCCUGGCUGCCCUCCUGGCCAACGGCCUCAUCAUCAGCGCCGUAGCCUGCGGCCACCACCUGCACACGCCCAUGUUCUUCUUCCUGCUCAACCUGGCCCUCAGCGACCUGGGCUCCAUCUGCACCACUGUCCCCAAAGCCAUGCACAAUUCCCUCUGGGACACCAGCAACAUCUCCUACUCAGGAUGUGCAGCACAACUCUUUCUUUUGUAUUUCUUCCUAUCAGCAGAGUAUUUUCUCCUGACCAUCAUGCGCUACGACCGCUACGUGUCCAUCUGCAAACCCCUGCACUACGAGACCCUCCUGGGCAGCAGAGCUUGUGCCCACAUGGCAGCAGCUGCCUGGGCCAGUGCCUUUCUCUAUUCAUUGCUGCACGCAGCCAAUACAUUUUCUCUGCCCCUGUGCCAUGGCAAUGCCCUGGGCCAGUUCUUCUGUGAAAUCCCCCAGAUCCUCAAGCUCUCCUGCUCACACUCGUAUUACAGGGAACUUGGUCUCAUGGUUGUUAGCUCCUGUUUAGGUUUUGGCUGUUUUGUGUUCAUUGUUUUCUCCUAUGUGCAGAUCUUCAGGGCUGUGAUGAGGAUCCCCUCUGAGCAGGGACGGCACAAAGCCUUUUCCACCUGCCUUCCUCACCUGGCCGUGGUCUCCCUGUUCCUCAGCACUGCAGUGUUUGCCCAUGUGAAGCCUCCCUCCAUCUCUUCCCCAUCCCUGGAUCUAGCCCUGUCAGUUCUGUACUUGGUGGUGCCUCCAGCAUUGAACCCCCUCAUCUACAGCCUGAGGAACCAGGUGCUCAAGGAAACAGUGCUCAUGGACCCCAAUGUUCCAGUGGGCCUGGCUGAGCUAGCAGGACACUGA